AACAGUCAGUCCGUGGAUAAAAUCCGUGGUGAGUGGUUGGUCGCGCCGAGCGCGGCACCAUGUCGCGCCUCCUCGCGUUCGUCGUGCUUAUUGCCACACAGACUUUAGUACGAACAGAACCUCAAGACUUGUGCCAGCGAAGCUACUGCGAGUGCAAGCCGGCAAUACACCAAGCAUGGAAUCACAUGAACUGCACCAUGCCCUCCCAUCAGGUGCUCAAUAUAAAAGAAGGAGAUAUUCCAAAACAAACAAUAUACUUGGUCAUAACUGGAGCCUCUAGUGUGACCUUCGAAGCAAACUCUCUAAGUGAACUAGACGACAUACGCAAGAUACAUCUGUUGGAAUGCUCGACGAUUAUCUUAAAAAAAUCAGCAGCAGUCAAAUUGCAGCUGGUGAAUGGACUCCUCGAAAUAGAAGACUGCAAUUCACUCAUCAUCGAGAGCAACACCUUCACGCAAAUUAAGGGACCAUUGUCGGUGAACAUCAGAAAUUGCUACCGUGCUUCUAUAGAGGGAACCGCAUUCUCCUGGUUAUUUGAGAUAAUCAUCAGCGACAUAGGGGAACUGACGCUAGGUGACCAGUCCUUCAUGCGUGACCUCACUACCCCAAAUACUAAACACGGACCUGACAUGAAGAUCGAGAUAAGGAACGUCUCUAUACCCAUUAUCCCGAAGCAAGCAUUUGGUCAUUCCGCUGCAAAAAUAAUGAUGGAGUUGGUUGAUGUAGGAGUUAUCAACACUGCAGCUUUCUCCGGGAACACUUAUAGCAACAUCACUGCCAUAAACUGCACAUUUGGACUUAUUGAAAAAGAGUCAUUCAGCGCAAAGACACAGAUAGAGUAUUUAAGCUUCAUAGAAUGCGAAGUCAAGGAAUUCUCUUCUAAAGCUCUGUUAUCUGCUAUUGAAAACCUUCAUAUAUCACAAUGCAGAUUUGAAAACAUCGAGAAAAAUGCUAUUAGUGCUACCGUAGUGUCAGUUGCCAUGCUGAAUAACGUAUUUCAUAAAUUUAUGGAAAGAGGAUUAGAAUUUUUGUCACUAACUACACUUCAAAUGGAACGAAAUAUAUUUGAUGAGCUUCCAACUAAUGCUAUAGUUGCUCCAGAUGCAUCCAUCCAUAAUUUAAUAUUUACAGACAACGAAAUUGAAACAAUCAACCCAAACAGUCUAGGAUUCAUAGGGGAAACUAUUCAGACUAAUGUAGUCGAAUAUAAGCAUAAUUACUACGGUAUUCGUUGUUAUUGUAAUGUAACACAAGUGUUAAAUGAAGCUCUCGGUGUCAGUGACUCAGCGGUGUAUGAAAAUGAAAGUUAUUGUACUGUUGAAGAAUUCCCUGCGAAAUGUUUCAAUGUUCAUGACCAAAAUAUGAUUCUCAAGCGAUAUAUUACAGAAAUAUGCGAAGCAGAUACCGUAAAAUGCGGGACAUACGAGAAUGGUUCCGAAAUCAAGAACCCUAGAUUCCCUCAUAAAAGUGAAGAAGAUGAAGGUUUAAGUGGUAGAAAUAAAAAAGUUAUAGGAAUUGUAAUAGUAACUAUUUUGGGAUGCAUUGUCAUUGCUUUGUUUAUAAGCUUUAUAAAAUGGAUGAGAUUCAAAGGGUAUUGUGUAAAUGUAAAGAACUUUUUGAUCUCAUCUAAUUCAUCCUGUGGAACAUUUUGCGAUAGGCUAUGCACAUGCAAUAGAAAUAAUAGCCUCGACAACGCCAGAUCUAUUUCACAAUUAUCUGUAAAUGAAUAUUCAGAACGACACUGUCUCAAUGAACCGCGAAGACAGGAUCUAAUUCAGGAGACAGCACUUCCAGAAACAUAUGUCGAAGAGCCAUUAAAUAUGGAUGACAAAACCACUCAAACAUUACCUGAAGAACUCACAAAAGAGCUCUUAGAAAAUUUAAAAACAAAAUUAGAAGACCCAGAAAACUAUGUAGAGGCACGCGAAAUGAUUGAACAUUUAUAUGAGCUUAUUAAAGUAGAAGAAAGUUGUAAUACAAAUAGCCGUACUCCAAAAAAAGAGGAAAAUAUAUAUGAGCUUCCAUUUCAAAAUACCACUCCAAGAAUAGGUAAAAAUAAAAAACAAAUGAUCAGCGUUGGUACCAGAACACCGUCAUUAGACAAGCUGUUGCCGCUUUCGCCUUACAAUAGACAGACAGCAUUAGCCCACGAAUAUUUUGAGCCAAAAGAUUUAGCUGUACAUUUGUAUGCUGAAAUAGCUAAUAGUGAUAAAGAGAAAAAAAUAAUUGGUGCCAUUCCAGAUGUAAUUGCCGAACAAGCUGAACCACGAGGUCCCUAUCUCCGUGCAGUACGUGAAAAAAUGAGUUCGGCUAGUCCUACGAGAUCUCAAUAUAACGGGUCAUCAAAAACUACACCACGUGUUAGCCCUAUCACGAGCCCAAUGCACAUGUCAAUAAAAUCUAACAAAUCUAAUUCAUCUAAUUCCUCGAGUAAAAUGUUAAACAGGCCGUUACCAGAAAAACCUACGGUAGACCCGGGAGAAGGCCCGUCAUAUCAACAUGGUUGAAUUAGGUACUCCAAAAUUCGUUGACGCAGCGUUGGACCUAAAGAACGCCUGUGUUGAUUGAUCAACGUUUCUUUGCUGUGAUAUUAAUUUGGUUUAUAUUAUUUACCGUAUGUAUGUUGCAAGACGAUGACGACUGAUUGUGUCGCGCCUGACGCUUAUAGAUUUAUAUUUUGUAAAUAAUAUGUUUAAUCCUAUAAUUAAUAUGUAAGAGCCACACGAUGGCGAAAAGUGCCACUUUAGUUUCAAGCAUAGUUAAAAUUUCAUUACAUGUGUCAGUGCUUUGCAUUUUUUAAAUAAAGUAUCAUGUUUACUUUAUGUAUAUAUCAUGUUUAUGUAAUAACAAAAUUUAAUAGUCUUAGAAACAUAGAAAUUAAUAUUAUAUUGUACAUUGAAAGAGAGUAUAAGACUCUUUAAUGCUACGUGUUGAUUAAAAACAAUUCCUUUAUAAAUACUACAAUUAUAACUGUAUCAAAAGUAUGUCUAUUACAAUUCUAACAGUAAAUAACACAAAAUAUUAACAAUCAUCUAAACAGAUAUUUUUUACGAAGAAUUCGAAUAUUUUCGGCAUAAUUAAUACAUAAAAGACAGUUCAUUUUGUAUAUCAUCAUCAAAACAGAAUUAUGAAUUAUAGGUAUUUGUCGCAAAAAAACACAAUAUCCUUUUACAAAAUUGUCAUUACCUACUUUGAUCCCAAAGGUUAGUGAGUCAACUAUACAUCGUGUAAUAUAUAGUAUAAGACGUGAUUUAAAUGUAUAUGAAAUCAAAAAUAUAUAAAAGAUUAGACGUAUAAAAUUAUUGUGAUGUCUUUAGAAACAAAAUAAUUAUAUAUAACUACUUAUAUAGUUAAUACCUUACACACUUUCCGUUUUUAAAUGUAGUAUUCACAGAAUACUUAGAUAUUAUACAUGUAUGUAAAUAUACCUACGUAUAUAAGAGUUUAUUUUCAAAUUUAUGGUCCUGUGUGUCAUGAUGUAUUUAGUAUAGAAUUUGUAAUUUGAAGAAUUGGUAAAGGAGCUUUAAUUACGAUAAUUAACAUUGUAUAAAAGAAUAGCUACGUUUAUGAACUUUCUAGUUCUUAUUGGUACAUGUAUUUUUCAUAUGUGUCGAAUGUAUUUAAACUUACUAUAUAAGGGCUUCAACAUAUAUAUUAUAUAUGCUCAUAUGUAUAAAAUAUAUCAGUUCAUCAAUUUAGAAGCAUUUUUGUAUAAUUAUAAUUACAUUAUGAAGUAAGAAGCCCUGUACUAUGUAAUUAAAGUUUAAGGCGUGAAUCUGAUGUAAUGUAAAAAGGCAUUCGCCGAGAGUGUUUAAUACUGUAAAGAAGAUGAACUCAACGCUUUAUAUAUUAGAUAUUUAAGAAUUAAGGAUACAGUACCAUUGUAUAGUUGCUGUUGUUUUAUGUAUUGGAUAAUGGUACUAGAUAUAACAAGCUUAUUGCUACUUUUAUGUAAGUGAAAAACUUUCCCAAAAGAAUGAUAGUUUAGUUUCACUGUAGUCUAUUUCCAACCAAAUUAAUAUUUUAAUGUAAUAAACUGCAUCAUAUUUGUGCUUGAUACUAGAAUUUCGGAUAACAAAGAUUUCCAUCAGACCUCGCCUUAAAUUUAUAAUUUAUUUAAAGUACGCUGCAGAUAUCUGAUGUGCCUGAUGCAGUAACAAUUGUGUAUUUUCUAUAAUA